UUUCGCUAGAAAAUCUUCCAGCCAAAUUCUAGUAACAUGCCUGAAAAUCUUUCUAAGUUCUACACUUCUUCCGGCCCCUUUGAAAAAAGCGGAAACUCGAUUCCUCAACCCAAUGACCACCACUCAACUUUCCCCCAAGAACCCUUCGCAUCCCUUCCGGAUGUCCACACACGGUUGCAGCAAAUCGAAAGCAAGUUGAGCCGCCUUCAAACCAACUUCCAUGAAGUCUUCUCCAAAGUAGAGGCCGGUGUGGCACGUUGUCAACGGGCGAUCGAGUCGUUCAAGUCCAUAACUUCCCAAAUCGAGGGAUUUGCCGAAGAUCACCAGCGAAACAUGGUCAUUAAGGUGAAGUUUGGUCAUGAAGACCCGACAGCGCAGCAAGGCCCUUCCAGCGUAAGAACUGAGUCACUGACGGAGCAGAUAUUGUCCAGUUCGACCGAACCUGAGUUCAAGAAGGUUGGAAAAGGCAAACGGCUUGGUCGGGUGCUGUCCAGAAUCAAGCAGAACGUUAGGAAAGUCUUCAGUGGUCCGUGCCUGGUGACGCCAAUAUUGGAAAUUUAUCCUGCGAGGAUGUUCCCGAAGCCCGAUGCUGCCAAGAGCGGUGGACGCCAAUAGCCAACUGUGGAAUUUGCAUCGUAAUUCGGUAAAAUUUAAUAAAUAUGCUAAUGAUUUACCCUUUGUUUUGCUCAAUAUUAACUUUUAUUUAUGGGAGAUGGCUUGUAAUAACUGGACAGAACAAUAAAAUCACUGUAACCCAUGUUGGAAAAUAUAAUUAAAAAGAAAGAAAUAAAUAUCGAAAAAACUGUCGAAAGUUAUGUCGACGUCAUCGUGCUAUCUUAUCGCACGCCGCUUUUUGACGUUCCGAACGCGUUUUAAUGUUUGACCUUGAAUAAACGAAAACUAGAGCACGCAAUGUAAACAAUAACAAACACAUAUUCUUUGACUGACCGUACUGAGAAUUGUCCCGAAUUUUGGUUGAAAUUGGUUGCCGGAGUCCAGAGUUAUAAUUACAAAUGUUUAAAGUAGUCGGGCAAGUACGUGUGUCAAACGCGUUCUGCCUUAAUUCCCUUUGGCCAGUUGUCGCACUAACAUCAACGUGGUGUGUCAAAAUAGCACGAUUAGAUCGAAACUACUUCCAUAUAUCUAAAAUAAUGAUUAAACAUUGGCUGAAUUCUCGGAUUAGUUUUCAAAAAGCCGUAAGAGCCAAUGGUAAACAAAGCCUUUUUUGCCUCGGUUUUCGACCUACUUACGAAAAACCAGUUUCAAAAAUGCUUAAGAUUGUUCAUCUACACGUCCUUCAAGUGCCCCAAACAUAAAUUAAAUGAAAUUUUGCUACAAUUUUCAGAAAAACGAAUAUUAGUGUCGGAGGUCACGGUGGCUCUUACG